AUGAAGGCGACGCCCCUCAUCAUCAAUUGGCACGAUCAAAACGCCCCUGUGUACUCUGCUCACUUCGAGCCUGCAGGCAAGGGGCGUUUGGCUACUGCAGGUGGUGACAAUAACGUGAGGCUUUGGCAGGUUGAUUCUGACGGACCUGAACGGAGGGUAGAAUAUCUCUCUACCCUCUCCAAACACAACCAAGCUGUCAAUGUUGUCCGAUGGGCUCCCAAGGGCGAGAUUCUAGCUUCGGCCGGCGAUGAUGGCAACGUAAUUAUUUGGGUUCCAAGCGAUACACCCCCUUCGAAUUUUGGAAAUGAGGUUCUAGAGGACAAGGAGUCAUGGAGAGCCAAGCACAUGUGUCGCUCUAGCGGAGCUGAGAUCUACGAUCUCGCCUGGUCUCCUGAUGGACAAUACUUCAUCAUCGGCAGCAUGGACAACAUUGCUCGAAUCUACAAUGCCAACUCAGGUACCUUGGUUCGCCAAAUUGCCGAGCACAGCCAUUACGUCCAGGGCGUAGCAUGGGAUCCUCUGAACGAAUAUAUAGCAACCCAGUCCUCAGACCGAUCUGUUCAUAUCUACUCUCUCAAGACCAAGGAUGGCCAGUACACGCUUGGUUCAGACGACAAGGCUCCCAGACUUGCCAGCCACAUCAAGGUAGAUCUGCCACCACGCCGAAUCUCCUCCAGCAGCCCUGCACCUCCGGAUUUUGGUCAUCGUGCCCAGCUAGCUGUUCUCGAGCCCGCUCCAUCUAUUGGGUCCCCAGUGCCUUCUACACCCGGCACACCUACUUCCUCCGCGUUCCCAAUGAACCCUCCGAGUGUUGUCAGUCACAGUCGUCGGUCUUCAUUCUCUUCUCGUCGAUCUGUCUCUCCCGCACCGUCAAUGCCCUUGCCCGCAGUCAUGCCGAUGGAAGCCUCACCAAAGCCUCACUCUGUGGCCACAAGCGUAGGCUUGGGGAUGAAGAAUGCAAACUUGUAUGCUAAUGAAACGCUCACGUCAUUCUUCCGCCGGCUUUCUUUUACUCCUGACGGAAGCCUUCUGCUCACCCCGUCUGGCCAGUAUCAAAAUCAGCAUUCUGGCGAGAAGGACGCUAAGCCAACCACCGAAGUCAUCAACACGGUUUACAUAUACACCAGGGGAGGGAUCAACAAACCACCGGUGGCACACCUGCCUGGGCAUAAAAAGCCCUCUGUGGUUGUGAAAUGCUCGCCAAUCAUUUAUACGCUGAGACAAGCUGCACCAGCGACCAAGCACAUCACAAUCGACACAUCCUCCUCUGAUGAUGCCAUCCCAGCGCUUCCUGAGCCCAUUUCCAAGGAUUCUCCUGGGAGCUCUAUCAUGGAGCCUCCACCUCCUCCAGCUACCGCAGGCUCCGAAGCUGGGUCAACAGCUGGCAAGUCUGAGGCUGGGCUACCCUCGUCUGGGCCCAAGCCUGCGUUCAGCUUAAACUACCGUAUUGUCUACGCUGUAGCAACACAAGAUUCAGUUCUACUUUAUGACACGCAGCAGAAGACACCAAUUUGUGUCGUGAGCAAUUUACACUGCGCCACAUUUACCGAUCUAGCAUGGUCAUCUGAUGGACUUACCCUUAUGAUCUCUUCUUCGGACGGGUUCUGUUCAACCCUCUCGUUUCAGCCUGGAGAGUUGGGUGACGUAUAUAAAGGCGAGGUAGGCCCGCCAAAGUCCUCAGCAUCAGCUUCCAACCCAAAUGUGUUGAGCCAGAACCCGCCGACACCGACGCCAACAACCCAGUUUGCUCCUCCAUCACCAUUCCCUCCCGGGUCUCAGCAUUCGCACCACCAACAUCGUAACUCGGCCACAUCCUUCACCGCACCAUCCCCACCAGCGUCAACGUCGUCGUUCAACAUGCAACGCCCCCACUCCCCUGCGAGGUCCAAUUCCACCUCGUCCAUUGCAACCCAGUCAUCGACAGUUCCCACAAGUGUCGUCAGCAACCCACCACUCAUCGGCGGCAGUGUUCCUGGGCUCACAGCGACCAGCUCGGGCAAGGUGACGGGUGUGCCCAUCACAACACCGCCCGAAACACCCAGAAGUGUGAGCGGCGGUGUCAAACGGGAGGCCAGUGAAAGCGAGAAGGAAGACGGCAAGGAGCCAAAGAAAAGGCGGAUAGCGCCAACAUUGAUUGAUUCCAAGCCGACCUAG